AUGGCCACCCACCGCUCCCAGAACCCAUCUCACGAAGGAUCCUCCUCUAGCGAUGCCACUCUGCAGGUGCCAUUCGUCACGAUAUCCCUUGAGAAUUUCCUUGCCGAAUUUAUGCCAGAACCUGAUGUGGCGACUCCCCGGGGUGAACAGGAUUUCAAGCACAUGUUCGAUGAGAUGCCAUCGAACGGCAACGGAGAAGAAGACCUCUACAAUGCUUUGAUCAAAUGUCUUCGCGAGCAAAACGCUUGCCCACAAUACACAGCGGGGUGGAUCACUGAAUCAGCCAUGGUCGACGACCAUGCAGCGAUUUUCCUCACUGCCGACAAGACGUCUAUUAAACAGAACCUCCACUGGGCUUUCCAGCGCCUUGCCAUCGUUUGCAAGCCUCACUAUCACCGCGACGACCCGUUCGCGAAAGGCACGAAAAGUGAUAAAAAGAAUGCCGACCGCCGCAUGACCACGCGCUACCUCCUCACCACAAUCGCCACCAACGUGUUCUCUCGGCAGCACCGCCACUUCUUUUUCACCGUCCUCAUCCUCGGCGAUCACGCGCGCCUCCUCCGCUGGGACCGCUGCGGCGCGGUCAUUACAGAGAAAUUCAAAUACAAGGGCACGCCACUCUUUGGGUCGUUCCUCUGGCAAUUUUCACACCUCUCGCGCACGCAGCAGGGCUGUGACCCAAACGCGGAGAUUGUGCAGUCUGGAUCAAAAGAGGCUGGACUGGUUCGCAGAUUCAUCUCCACACAGCAGUCGAGCAUGAGCAACUACACAUACACCAUGUUUCGCAAGUCAAUGAAUGAUACGAAUUGGCUGUGGUGGAAGUUACGGAUCGUGCCUGAGGUAGAGGAGCUGGUGGAAGAGACGCAGGAGCAUCCACGUUCGGGAAACAGAAAGCGGGCGCGGGGUGGCACCCAGCCUGGCCCGAACACUAAGCGGCGACGUGGUCCCGGUGGUCAUGCUACGUUUGAUAACGAUAAUAACGCCCCUGCGCGCUACUUCCUCGUCGGGAAGCCCCACUAUGAGCAAACCAAGCUGCCUGGGCGUGGCACGCGCGGAUACAUCGCGCUGGACUGCGAGGAGGAGAAACCUGUUUUCCUCAAGGAUGCAUGGAGAUGCGAUCCGCUGCCAUUGAAGAAAGAAGGAUGUGUCCUCAAGGCGUUGAAUAAUGCAGGCGUCGAGAAUGUCCCGACGCUCGUUUGUCAUUGCGACGUCGACAGUCAGCGCACGCGCACGCAAGACCUGUGGACGCUUAAGAACAGCGGGGCGGCUUCGGAAAACGAUGCGCCGAAGACUCUGAUACAUUAUCGCCUUGUCCUGCGCGAGAUAUGUCGCCCGCUGAAACAUUAUGUCACCGACAAGCAAUUUUUGUACCUCGUUGUGGACUGUAUAAAAGCCCACGAGCAAGCGGUAGAGCGUGCCGGAAUCAUGCAUACUGAUAUCAGCCUUGGCAAUAUGUUGAUCUACGAACAGCGUAGAAUCGUCAAAAAGAGAAAUUCGUAUCGCCAAUGGGGCGGGAUGCUCUGCGACUGGGAGUUUUCCAAACCGGUCCAUAUCACACCUGGCGGUGAGAAGGUAUCUGAACGUGCAGAGGGUGCCAUGUGUACUUGGGCAACGUCGGGAGUACGGACGCUUGAUAAUCCUGGGACACCUAUCACCGUCCCGGAUGAGCUGGAAGCAUUCUUCCACCUUAUAUUGAUGGUCGUUGUUCGUGACCAAUCCAACAAUUUGGGAGACGAUGAGCAUGCAUUCAUCGCGGAAUAUUUCGAUAGCCGCGCUUCAAACCCCGAUCAUAAUCAGUACUAUGUGACCUGCUCAAAGCUAAAGCGCGAUGCUAUGUAUGAGGGCAAGAUCGCGUACAAGGGGACAGCACUCCAACUGUAUGAGACGGAAGACCACCUACAGUUGCACCCGUUCGACGAUCUGAUCUCUCUGUUGCUCAGCUGGUUUCGUGCUCACUAUUCGGUCAUGCUAUAUGACAACUGGUGCAACCCCCCCAAGCGGCGCUUGCGGAGCAACGCGGGUCAAUACGUCGUUGAACCCCCUACACGUAUCGCAAAUCUGAAGCCGGAAGAGCUUAAUCGGCGCAGAGAACUCGCCGCCGGACUCAGGACGCACCGCGCUAUGCAGGAUUUGAUUCUGUUGUUCGCGGACAGGAAGUGGCCCCCAGUGCAGAAGCCCGUAUUUGCACCGUCCCACGACCAAGCGGAUAGUGAUAUACCUCACAUGGUGUAUACUGAAAAGCGCGACGUCGAAGCGGGUACGGAGGGGAAUCGGUACAAUAAUCCUCUCAGACGUCUUGAGUCCGUCGAAAUAUGA